UCUGAAUACGUGUGAAGCAGAGGUUUGGACCCCACGGAAUCCCUGUGACCAUAUUUCCUAAAAGGGAAUACAAGGAUAAACCUGAAGCCAUGCAGCUCCAAAGUAAACCAUUCCAAGAUGAGGCACAGGUGAAGUGUGAAUCUAAUGCUGCAGUCCCCGAUGACUCUUCUCUCACGCAGCCAUCAGAACCAAGCUUAGCUAAAAGCCUAUGGACUUCUAAACCACCUCCUCUCUUCCAUGAGGGAGCGCCAUAUCCUCCUCCUUUGUUUAUCAGGGACACAUAUAACCAGUCAAUACCUCAGCCUCCGCCCCGGAAAAUUAAGCGGCCCAAGCGUAAAAUGUACAGGGAGGAGCCCACUUCUAUUAUGAAUGCUAUCAAACUACGACCCCGACAGGUCUUGUGUGACAAGUGCAAAAACAGUGUUGUUGCAGAAAAAAAGGAAAUAAAAAAAGGUGGCAAUGCAAGUGACUCUUCAAAAUAUGAGGAUAAUAAAAAACGAAGAAACGAGAGUGUGACUACUGUGAAUAAAAAACUUAAGACUGACCAUAAGGUGGAUGGAAAAAGCCAAAAUGAAAGCCAGAAAAGGAAUGCUGUGGUCAAGGUUUCAAAUAUUGCCCACAGCAGAAGCAGAGUAGUUAAAGUUACUGCACAAGCAAAUACUUCAAAAGCGCAGUUAAAUACAAAAAAAGUUCUCCAGAGCAAAAACAUGGAUCAUGCAAAAGCUCGGGAAGUCUUGAAAAUGGCCAAAGAAAAGGCACAAAAGAAGCAGAGUGCAACCUCCUCUUCCAAAAAUGCACAUUCAAAGGUCCACUUCACACGGCGUCUUCAGAACACCAGCUCAGGUUCCCUCCCACCCCGAUUGCGUUUAAAGCCACAAAGAUAUCGGAAUGAAGAAAAUGACUCUUCUCUCAAGACAGGACUUGAGAAAAUACGGAGUGGCAAGAUGGCAACUAAGCCCCAGUCUCGCUGCUCCUCCACCCGCUCAGCAGCUCAGAGGCACUAGGCAGCUGCUGUUCUUAUGGAACCUCACUACACUGCCACGAAGAGCACCAGCUCAUCAGGACUGAAAGAAAUCUGAGACUGAAUGGUCCUAUUUUUCCUCUGAAAUCUUCACCAAGCAGUAAACAUUUUUUGAAUGGGAAAGGGGGUAAAUAUGUUGAAGCGACCCCUCGCACCCUGCUGGGGCACCUGUACCUAAUGUACAUUUUCUUUAAAGUUUAAAAAGAUGUUAGGAAAUAUUUUAUAAAACUUUUUUGCAAUAAAUGACGCAUGAAAUUAUUACAGACUCUAUGACACUUACAUGCAAGGAACCACUUGAAUUAUUGGUAUGAAGAAUCACUGCAAAUAACUGUUUUUUUUUUGUAAUGUGACAGUCAGUUUGUAUGUUUCGAUAGGUGCCAGUGAUGGAGCCAAUUGCCUGGGAAGUUGACUGUAACUUUUGAACUUUUAUUUUAAUUCUUAACUUUUAGCGUUGCAAUUUUCCAUUCUAUGAGGCUUAGUUAGUAUUUAGUGCAGGUGUUAGCAGAGCUGUGACCUGUGAUCAAAAGCAUGUCUGAAACCAGUUGUAUUGUACAAUAUGAACAGUCCUGCUACGUGAGACCAACAUUUCCCAUAGAGGUGAUGGAAGGGGCAGUGACCACAAAUCCGUGUAUCUCUGUAUUAUGGGAAAGCUCCUUCUGUGUGAAUAUGGUUGCAUUUUAUUUAUGCUGUUGUAACACUUAGGGAACCGAGGAUUGUGGAAGGGUUACGAUGCAGAGAGCAGCGUUUUGCUUAUGAUACUUUAACAAGAUGGGAGUUGUGAAUGUAGAGAGAUUAAAUGGAAUGGCAUUUCUAUUUCAAAUCAUGGGUUAAUUUUUCCUUUUAACGUCAAUAUUUUUCAGAUACGUAAAUAGUAGAGCAAAGGUUUUAUUAGUGUUUCUGAUGGUUGUUGACUUCUUUGAAUAGCUGUAAAUCAAAAAAAGAAACCCAGUGGGUUUGAUCCAUUUUAUUCCCUUUCCCCAAAAGGUGUCUGGUGAUUACGACUUACGACGGUGGAGCUUGUGAAUGCUGGACAUGCUGCUGAAAUAUCGAGUUAUUAAAUAUUAAUUUAUUUGUCACUGAUUAUUUGAUGUUGUGUGCACAUUUUCUCAGCAGUAUCAUUUCUUACGUUCUUAGAAGGGGAUCUAUUAUAUAACCUGGGAAAAAAUAUUUGUGCUGAAGAAAUGAAAAUGUGCACAUAAUCUACUCAAAGUCAAAUUUCUGUUUAUAUAGAAGUGAAAAGACUUGUAUUAAACUCUUUUCCUCUUUACUAAUAUCCUGAUUUGAUUGGAGAGCACAGUGUCUUUGUCCAGAUCAUUUAAAAAGAAAGAAACCUUUCUGAGAGGCGUCUUGUCAGCACGAAGGCAGUUUCACAGCCUUCACGUAUGGAGCCCGAAUUAAGUAACAUUGAAUCCGAACUCACUCCACCUCCAUUGUUUGGCUUUGGUGCUGGCAAUGGGUUUCAGUUAGUUAAGCAGUCGGGGAGGAGGGCAGUGAGGGGCUGGAGCAGCUCCAGCAAAGGCAAAUCAGCAAUGCACACACUGAGGCUGGUCGUGCUGAGUGCUUGCUCAGUUCCUUUUAUGAAGAGGUAAUUUAUUUAUAAGGCCGGAAAUGAAAUACGUACUGCCUACUUCUUAACAAAUAGCUGCAUCAUGCUAUAUAGUAGGUUCAAGUUGUACCAUUUUUCAUAAUAGACUGCAAUCCUUCUUUUUAAAUUUCGGAUUAAUGUUUGGCUGCACUCUUCCUUUUCACCAGUCAGGUGCUGUUGGUGGCCGAAAUGUGAUUAGAAUUUAGAAAAAUUAAGGCAUCUGAUGCGAUGAAAGGGAAAGUGAUGUGCUUCGGUGUACGUGCUGGCCUUUCACCUCUGGACACCAAACCCCCAUUGUACUGGUAAUCAGUGACAGUCUUGGCCUAAUAAAUCACACUUUUAUCCACACCCACCCACCCUCACCCAAAACCAAACAACCAAACGAAAAAGAAGCCACCAAACAACAUGGCACAAAACAGUUUCUGCUCAGGAAAAAGGCCCAGGACUGUAAUAGCAGGGUUAUUGCACAUUGGGUUGAAAACUGAUUGAUGUUGUAAGUAGAAGCCGGUAGUGCCUGCCUGUGUGACAUCUGACUCUUAACCAGUGCUCUUAUUUCCUCACCGUGAGCACUUGUGCACAGCAGCUGAAAUAUAUAUAUAUAUAUUUAAAAAAACACUUAAGAGUGAUGCAGGUCUAUGCAUUGGAUAAUAUGGGUAUAUAAGCAAACAGCAUAAAAAUAGACAAGGUAGCUAACUGUACUUGUGUUUGUUUUCACAGAAAGUAUUGCAGCCAUUUUGUUUGAAACCAGAUUUUCAUUUUGAAAUGAAAUUGUCAGGGAUAUUCUAAUGAUAGAGAAUUACAGUAAUGUAUUGCUUUUCACUUUUUUUUGCUUUAGUUGCUUAAUAUUUAAGCUUUGCUCCGUGCUACCUUCUUGUCUGUAUAUUGAAUGGUCACUAUGCCUCUUUCAUUUUGUAGACUUGAAUGAGGAAAACGAUUCAUCCUUUAAGGUUUGCUGAGAAGUAAAUGAUAAAGAAUGUUGUGUAACAUUUAUUCAAAUAAAGCCUUGAUUUUUUUCA